CACCAGAAUUAUUAAACAGCCGCUUAUUGUGUGUAGUAACAAGCUGGGAGACGUGGAAGAAUAAUUGGUAUUUUAUUGGGGUUUUUUUGUUUGUUUGUUUUGUGUGUGAAUUUUUACGGUUUGUUUCAGAAGAUGGCAGUAGCAGCCGCCACUCAGAGAACAGAGUGGAAAAGAGGACGAAGAAGAAAGCAGGCAGCUAACUUUAGUCGCUGUUUAUUUUCGUUGACAGCUGAGAAGACUUCAGUAUCAUUUCGGCAUUUUUCUAAUUUGAGGUUUUUGCUGUAAGCUGAAGCUUUGGCCUCUGCUGUUAAACUGCUGUGUGCGGGCAGGUACGUUAGUUUGUUUUCACGGGACACUGGUCAGAGAAACGCUACGUAGUUAUUGUCAAACUCCACUCGUACAUAUCCAAUUAUGGUGACCUCGGAGGCAAGAAACACGUUGCUAAAACCAAAUAUGAGUUGAACUGAAACCUGGAGCUACACAACGAAACAGGAUUUGGACUUAUCCAGCAGGGUAUACCCCCAUGGUAAAUGUGCUGCCAAGCUAAACUUUAUUAUGUUCCAGAUUAGAGAUCAACAUGAGGUCAUUGCACACUGACCACUCAGUCCUCCUUGAAAAUAAUAUCGCCAUUCCUGGAAGAUCAGACACCUCUGUACGUGGAUAGUAGAAGGAUCUGAAGUAUUUUAAUAGCAUUAGACGACCUGCGCAGCACAGUGGUAUGAUGGUUAGUACCGUUGUCUCACCGCAAGAAGGUCCUGCGGUGAGACCUGGGUUCCUCCACAACCUUUCUGCGUGAGUUUUGUCUUCCUCCCAGAGUCCAAAGACAUGUCGUGUGAUGCGAGCUCCUCUGCGCUGGGUGCUAUGGGAUGUGAAGGACACCCUGCUGAAGGUGCGCUCAUCUGUGGGAGAGCAGUACUGCAAGGAGGCAGAGCGUAUGGGCUUGAGCCUCAGUCCUGUGGAGGUCGACGCUGCUUUCCGGCAGGUUUAUCGACAGUAUUCCAGUAGAUACCCAAACUACGGCAUCAGUCAGGGCCUGAAUGGACAGUCAUGGUGGAGGGGGGUGGUGCGGGACACUCUCUCUCAGUGUGGUGUACAGGAGCCAGAGUUGCUAAACACAGUAGCCAACAAUCUUUACCAUAACUUCUGCAGCGCAGAUAACUGGGAGGUAUUUCCAGACUCAAAGAAGGCUCUGGAGAGUUGUUCUUCUCUUGGACUGAAGCUGGGUGUGGUGUCCAACUUUGACAACCGCCUGGAAGCAAUCUUACACGUUUGUGGGCUGUUGUCAUACUUUAGCUUUUUAAUAACAUCAGAAGAGGCUGGUGUAGCAAAGCCCAGUCCGGCCAUCUUUAGUCAGGCACUGCAAAAAUGUGGUGUGCCAGCUGAUAGAGUAGCUCAUAUUGGGGACCAUUAUGUUAAUGAUUACCUCACUUCUCGGUCUAUGGGUAUUCACGGCUUCCUUUUAGACAGACAUAAGGAUGGCCAACUCGAUGUUCCUAGGGAGCAUCGGCUGAUUUCACUGGAUGAGCUGCCGUCACGGCUCCAGCAGCAUAUGAACUAACAUGAGUCAUAAGAUAAGAUAACCUUUAGUCCCACACGUGGGAAAUUUGUUUGGUUACAGUAGAAACAAACUGUGUCAAGUGAAAUCUACUCAGAACAAACUGGCUUAAUUAGCGAAAUAAUGUAUGGACUGUUGACUUAAGUAUAUCAAACUACUUCAUCUUCAUAAGACAAAUGAAAUGCUGAUAGAAAAAUGUAAAGAAAUCUUAACAUAUUGUAUAGUUAUAUGUUUCGUCUUUGUAUUAUAAAAUAUGUUGGGAAAAAUAAGCCUCUAACUAUACUGUGUCUCUGAAAAUAGAGAAUAUGAAGUGAGGCAGCAAACUGUCAGACCUUCGACAAGGUUCUGAAAACAUUCCUGAGAGAUUGUGGUCCAUGUUGAUAUGAUGGCAUGCAAUUGCCAUAUGCUGUUUGGCAUGCGCGCAUCCAUGAUGCAAAUCUCCUGUUCCCCACAUCCCAAAGGUGCUCUGUUGGAUCAAGGUGUGGAGACUAGAGCCCAUUUUAGUGCAUUGCCAUGUCCAAGAGAACUAUUUCAGAUGAUCUGAGCUUUGUGACAUUAGAAGAUGGGAACACUGUGGUCAUAAAGGAGUGGACAUGUUGCGCAAUAAUAAUCGGCUCAUUUGGUACAGUGUCCCAAAGGAUAGAUUCAUGGUUUUCUGGUGUUUUAAGCCAAAUUCUGACCCUACCAACUGACUGUCACAGCAGAAAUUGAGACUCAUCAAACGAGGCAACUUUCUUUUCCUAAUCUACUGUCCAAAUGUGUUAAUUUUCCUGUUUGACUGAAGUUCCUGUGUGGUCGUCAAGGUUCAAGGUGUUAUGCGUUCAGCAAUGCUGUUCUGCAUACCUUGGAUGUAACGUGUUUUGAUGCUGUUGCCUUCCUAUCAGCUCAAAGGAGUCUGGUUAUUCUCUGACCUGUAGUAGCCACAGUGCAUUUUCUGCAAGAGAACUGCUGCUCACCAGGUAUUUUCUCUUUAAUCAACUAUUCUCUGUAAACCCUAAAGAUGCUUGUUUGGGAAAGAUCCCAGUUGAUCAGUGGUUUCUGAAAUAAUAAGACCAGCACAAAUAACCAGUGAGGUCGUAUUGAGCACAUCUAUAUGGCUGUGUGCAUUGACUUGAUUUAUAUUUUAUUGAUGUCAGUGACUUUAAGGUGGUUGACUGCAAAAAAAAUCAGCACUGAAGUCUAUAGUUUGUCUUUUCUUCUCUGUAAUGUCAUUUCUGCACCAUCAGGCUAAAAUGUCUGCUGGCACCAAGGUAGUGCCAGUGGAAAGCAUAACUGAGGACUACAACUUUUUUUUUUUUUUUUAAAUUAAGAAGUUUAUAUUAACCACUGGAGGAAUUGUUUUAGAAGACAAGCCCAGAAAUGUUUUUGCAGCACUCAGGACAUGUCAAUUCUUUUACCAUCUUUUUAAAUAAUCGGUUAUUUGGAACUUGUCCCCACAUUUAGGGAAAUUAUACAAAACAACCGAGUAACCAUCUGCUUUGAGCAGAGCUGCUAUGAAUUGUAGGCAGCAAAUGUAUUUGCAAUCGAUUGUGUCAAGUCACAUAAAACAUCCACAGAUCAGCUGAAAUAUCAUGGCAGGAGUCUUGCUGUAAAAUAAAGUGUCCUGAAAGUUGCCUGCAUUCUCUCAAUUUGUGCUCAGCAUCAGCUAUGCAGGUACAUUUCUUUAAAAGGUUAUUCAUUAGCAGGCCGCUUUACAGGAGCUAAAAAGCUCUGAUCAUCCCUAAUGAUAUUUCUCAGUGCUUAGCAGUGAGGGGAACAAGGCAGGGUUGCUUAACCCUAAUACCUUUGUAAGUACCCACUUUAAACCAUCUGGUCAGAGACAGAUACUGGGAAUGUUGGACUGAGGAUCAAAAGAGCUGCAGAGAGACCAAAGUGGAAUUGCUAUUUACAGCAAGCUCCAGCCUCUUAUAGAAUACGGAUUAAAUCUUUUUUGGAAGAAUGUCAAUGUUUUUAAUUUUUAAAAGAAAGAAAAAAAAAAAAAAAAAAACUACACCCCUCCCACAGUGUUCAAAAAAAAUUUUUUUCCCCAAGUCGUAUUUUCACCUUGAGUCGCGUCCAGUAAAAUUUUUCCCCAUACGAAUGCUUGUACGUUGAAGGGUAUUGUAUAUCUUUAGGGAGUCAUCCGUAAGAGCUGCUUAAUUCAAAGCUGGUUUAGUAGCUCAGCCAGACGGCUCUAAAGGGCUCCACAGAAAUCCAAUUGCAGGCAUAAUGGGAUUGCAAAAAAACCAAAACCAAGCUUCUCAUGCAGAGAGCCAAAGGGAAGAGCAGAGGAGGUGCAGCAUGUCAUGAGGGAAGAUGUCAAUCCAGUGACUUACAAUCAAAACAAAAGCCCAGCAUGUCAGCACGUGAAGCGGACUCAUAUUGGAGGAUGAAUGUUUGAAUGUGAAUGGGUAUAGAUUCUGUGAAAUAAAGAAAUUAAUAAAUAAACAGGCUGAAUGGCUAUAUAGCAGAAGCUGGACAAAACCUUUCCCUCAGCCAUAAAAGCACUCAAGACUGCAGCUCUUUGUUCAAAUGUGCCUGGGGUUCAGAGUUCCGUGUUGGCAUUACUGCAUCUUGAAAUAUUCAAUGGCACAGAAAAAUAGAGUAGAAGAUCAGAAAAUUAGGGUAUUUUGAGAGAGCGAGCGCUUCACAAGUGAAAAGAAGGUCACGCAAGGAAUAG